UUUGUGUGUGUGUGAGGGGGCUGGACCAGAGGACACGGCUGCAGAGAGGAGGCACAACUCUGGCGACACCUGCAAACAAACUCCCAACCGACUCUCUCCCGGAGCGAAGAGGCGGAUGAAGCAGAGAGCAACACAAAUGCGGAAUAAGGGAAUAAAACGUGUUUAUUAAGCGGAGAAAAGAGCAAGAGGGAAACUCUAUUCUAAGAUAACAAGUCGUGCGUUUUGAGUCGAGAUCGGACCGAGAGCUGAGAGAGACGACAGCAGGCAUCUGGUGGAUGGAGAGAAAAUGGAGCUGAACACAAGAGAGGUGCCUCUAUAUGGACAGGUGGAGGCCCACAUACAGUUGCAAGAUAGCACUCCUGAUGAUGCAGAGUUUUACGUUGUUGUACAAGGCUCGAGACUUACACAUGUGACUGCAGCAAAGAGAGGAGAUGAUGGACUUACUCUUCACUUCACAGUUCCCGGCCAUGACCUUGUGGAAAUUGCCUCUGUCACAUCCUACUUUCAUGCAGAGGACCAAGUCAAACUGUACGUGGGUGAAGCGUCUCUUGAAUACCUCAGGGACGUUGCUCAGGAGGCAGCAGAGUACCUGAGUGCAAACAGGGACCAGCUUGGCCCCCAGAGCUACCUAGAAGUCCUGAAGAGGUUUUCCACAUUGGCGCAAGCAGCUGAUGAAGAGCUCUUAGCUGUGGGAAUAGACUGCAAAGAGGAGGAUGUGCAGCUCAGAGAAAGUUUAGGUGAUGAAGCUGGAUGUCUCAGGCAGCUGGAUGAGAAGAUCACACAGGCUAUAGCCAACAUGGAUUACCCUCAGCAGUGGAAGAAUACUGACAGUCAGCCAAGAGAAGCUGCUGAGCUUCAACCCAAAGAAACCCUCCUUCACCUUGCAGUGCGCUUGGGUUUGGCCCAUCUCUCCCGUUUCUUAAUCCACCAGCCAAGGGGUCAAAGGUUGUUGACCUUACCCAAUCAGGAGGGAGACACACCUCUCCAGCUGGCUCAGAAGGACGGACAGCAUGCCAUGUUCAGAGUGCUGGCAGCUCCUCCAGGUCCUGUAGUCGGCCCUGUUCCAGGUUUGUGGUGUGUGUGGUCCGACAGCUCCUGCAUGCUGAGGUUUUGUCCAGGGAUGGACUCCCUGACACUCACUGUGCGGCAAACACCGGGAAGCUCCCCUCAGGAUGGCAUCACGACCUUAAGAAACAAAGUAGGAGACCACAGCAUCCUAAAAAUGAUCAGCGUCCUCAAAGCUGAUAAUGAGGAAGACAAGAGAGGCAAAGAGGAAAUCCUUCUUAGUGAUAAAGGCGUUUGCAAGGAGCAGCGAGUAGAAGAGCAUGUGCUGGUGGACAAUGUUUUUGAAGAACAGCUUGUUCUUUCUUUGGAUGAUGACGACGAUGAAGGAGAGUACCCAUCCUCAUUAUCUGUAAAUGGGCAUCCCAUUCAGUCCAGUGGAGAGGAGAGCAGGUUCACCCAGCGUGCUGCAGACCCUCUGCCCUCUGUGAUCAAUAGCAGUGAUCAGACCAUCACACAGUGGACUCAGGAAGAAGAUACAGAUAUCAAGUGUAGCGUCAGUGGAGUGACCACGGACAGCACGGGGACAGACAGUGGGUUAUGGGACACAGUGGACUCAGAAGAUCUCCUGCUGGCCACUGACACUCCUCCACCCUAUUCAGAAGAUUCCUACCCUCCCUCUCUACCCUGCUCUCCCCCACUCUCCCCCCCUGACCAGGCCCUCGCUAGGCUGAACCGUCCCCUCUCCUCCGAGCCGACCAAUCAGAGUGAAAGUCCACCAAUGGACACCUGCGACCUCAGUCCCAGUCUAGUGGCUCUGGAAGUAGACAGUGAAGAGGACAGUAUCGAGCCAAAGUCUCCGCUCUCUCCGCUCUCGUCAGAUGUUGAGAAAAGUGAAGACAAAAGGGAAAGCUUCCGUCCCUCCCCUGACCUCACAUGCACUCGCAGCCAGUCUGCCUCCUCAGCAUGUGAACCCACCAUAAAAGAACUGGGGGACCAGGGGAUUCGACUGCGUUCAUAUUCUUACUCCUCCCCCAAAAUCAGCUUGCGGCCUGCUCGUUUUGCCCGGGACAACCACACGUCAGACAUCAGUCCUGAUGCCGUGCUCCACAGUGUCAGCCACAGCCGAUCUCUCCUUCAGGCCCUCUCUCUGUCUAAAUCUCUGUCUCUUCUCCACCCCGGUAAGCAAAGAGCCUCCAGUAUAUCAGAGCAGUCACAUGAAAAAAGGGAGAUUAAGUUCCGUAAGAGAGCCCAGUCUGCUGAAGAUGAGAGCAGCAUGGAGCUGGCAGAGUCCCUCCAACACCUCACUCUGUCUGAGUUCCUCAAAGAAAUUGAAGAGGAGGAGUUGGAUAAGUACAACAUCCCUACAAAGGUGGAGUCAGAGAAGUACAAAGUCAUCCGCACCUUCAGUUUUCUCAAGAGCAGGAUGUCCAGUACACGCAACAAGACCAAGGGGAAGGGGAAGGACAGAGAGGCCAAGGAUAGGCAGCUGAAUGGACAUCGGUUUAACACAGGGUCCUGUUUGGGCCCCACCAUAUGUGUGGUGUGUGAGAAACCAGCAUCUGGAAAGGACCUGCUGCAUUGCGCCAGUUGCACUACUAUCGUCCAUAAGGGCUGUAAGGAAUCUGUCCCCCCAUGUUUGAAGAAACUUCAAGAUAAGUAUGCUGUUACCAUGGUGAAGAAUAGGACAGCAUCCCUCCCACAGAACUUCACAGUGAGAGACAGUCCUACUCAGUGUGUGAUCCCCAUCUCUAACUCUCUACCUCUUAUGAAAGACACUGCGACCCCGCCGUGCCCCCUUUCUGGGACUUUCCCAAAUAGUGAGAGUCGGCUCAGUGAGAGUCCAGAGGCAGAGUCUGAUGCCUGGAAGGUUACCAGUCGAUCAGAAGAGCUCCUGCCGACUCCAGUGUCGUCAACCUCCACAGAAUCAUCCUUCGUAGAAGACUGCGUGGAUGGGUGUAUCCACAGUGACAUCUCGGCUGAUGCUGUGGAUUACGAGGCUGAGUCGUGGAGUCUUUCUGUGGAGCACAAGUUCUGCAAGAAGCAGGACAAACGAGCUGUCAAGAGGCAGGAUGUAAUCUACGAGCUGAUGCAGACCGAGCUUCACCACCUACAGACGCUGCACAUCAUGGCCGAGGUUUUCCGGCGAGGCAUGAAGGAGGAAGUGCAGUUAGAUACAGACGCGGUGGAGCGGGUCUUCCCCUGUCUGGACCAGCUGCUGGUCUUUCACCACGCCUUCUUUGCUGCCAUGAAGGAGCGGCGACUCAGCUCAGCUCAACCCAAGGGACACAGGAACUACCUCAUCCAGCGAAUAGGAGACAUCUUGCUCCAACAGUUUUCAGAUGAGAACAGCGAGAAAAUGAAGCAGGUGUAUGGAGACUUCUGCAGUCGGCACAACGAAGCAGUCAGCUUUUUCAAAGACCUCCAGCAGCAUAACAAGAGAUUCCAGAACUUUAUUAAGCAACAAGGUAAUAAUUCUUUGGUGAGACGGAGAGAGAUCCCAGAGUGCAUCUUGCUGGUUACGCAACGGAUAACAAAGUACCCAGUGCUGCUGGAGAGGAUCCUAAAAUACACUCAAGAGGAAACAGAGGAGCAUGCCGACCUUUCCAAAGCACUGGCUCAGAUUCGAGAGGUGAUAGCAGCCGUGGACCUGAGCGUCAGUGAGUACGAGCGGCAUCAGAGGUUACAGGAAGUGUGGAGCCGCAUGGAGAACCGCAGCUCAGCCAAGCUGAAGAACGGCCAUACCUUCCGCAAGCAGGACAUGAUGGGGCCAGGACAGACGCUCAAACACCAGGGCGUGCUUCUGUGGAAGACCGCCACUGGUCGGCUUAAAGAUGUCCUGGCACUCCUUCUCACAGACACACUCAUCUUCCUGCAAGAAAAAGACCAGAAGUAUACGUUUGCCACUGUGGAUCAGAAGCCUCCAGUCAUCGCACUGCAGAAGUUAAUAGUGCGAGAAGUAGCAAACGAAGAGAGAGGGAUGUUUUUGAUUAGCGCAUCAGCCGCCGGGCCAGAAAUGUACGAGGUCCAUACAUCAUCUAAAGAGGAAAGAAACACCUGGAUGAGGCUCAUUAGAGAGGCUGUAGAGAGCUGUCCAGAGGAAGAGGAAGAAUACACCAGUGAAUCUGAAGAGGAGAAGCGAGCUGCUGAGGCUCGUAUCCAGAAGAUCCACAAGUUACAAGAGAGUCUGAUGAGCCAGGACCAGCGGAUCUGCUCCAGCCUGGAGGAGAAGCUGCAGGUCUACGCAGAGCUCUCCGCUCUGAGUGGGAGGACGGACGCCUCGUUGGUUGAACCCCGACUGCUCAUCCAGCCGCACUCUGAGGAGCUGCCCCAGGCUGCCGUGUUGCUGGCUGCAGCUUUGAAAGAGGUUGAACACCUGAAAACCACGCUGUCAUCCAAGGCCUGUUCUCCACCGAGUCACAGCCCAGACUCUGACACAGACUCUGUGUUUCCUGUCAGCCCUGCUACACUUGUAGAGCCCCCCUCUGACUCUGAGGCCUCACCUGAAAACCCAGAAGCCAGUGAGGGAAGUUGGACUGAGGUCCUCCCGAGUCUCUUGCAAAAAACAGACGUGAAUGACAUCGACUUCAAGGUCGCUCAAAGUGUCCAAAGCCUGACUCAGUUACUCUACAGUCUGCAGGCCGCCGUGACCAUCCAGGACACCUGCUGUGAGGUCCAGAGGCUCCUCCUGCAGGAGACUGGGCGCCCUUCCCCUCGCACCCAACGUCCGCACCUUCCAAGCAUCCGGGGCAACACCCUUCAGGAACAGGAGAAGCAGCGUAACCUGGAGAAGCGGAAGGAGGAGGUUGCGGCGGCUCAGCGGCUCCAGGAGCAACUGCGCCAAGAGAGGGAGCGCUGGGAGAGAGAGUGCCAAGCCAGGGAGAGCCAGCAGGGGGAGCAGGAGAGUAGGCUGGAGGAGAGGGAGAGGCAGUGCCACCUGGAGAUGGAGAGGCUGAGGCACGAGAGGGAAGAGCUGGAUGAGCAGCUGGAGGAGUACCAGCAGAGCCUGGAGCGGCUCAGAGAGGGCCAGAGGAGUGUGGAGAGGGAGCGUGAGCGUCUGGAGAACCAGCAAAAGAUGCUCCAGACCUGGAGACACAGCCGGCAGAGGAGUCUGCCCACUGUGAUUCCUCACAUGGUCAUCCCUCUAGAUGGGCAGCAGGACUCGACAUCUAGUCAGUCCAGAGAGCACGCCGGCAAUGGCUCUGUGUUUGUAAACGAGGCUGCGUUCGCCAGCACCAGCGUCAACAACCGCCACGUCCACCACAAAAGAAAUGACCCCAGCGCGCACAAUUGUCUGAACACCCUGCUGGCAAGAUCCAACAGCAGACAGCCCCCCAUCGCUAAGACUCCUCACGGUCCACACUCAGACUCCCAGGGGUGGAUGAUGGGGGCAGAGUACCUCUACAGCCCUGCAGGAAGGCUUGAGCUGCAGCAUACACCUAAUGAUCUCAACAGUCACAGCUAUAUCGGGGAGACUUGGUCGUCAACAGCAAGCGGAGCUGACCCGUAUCCAGCGCUCCCGCAUCCUGGUGACCCUCAGUUGGACCUCAGUGCACUUGUUUCCUUGGAGACUGACAGCGGCGGGGAGGAGGGCAGCGAGGAAACCAUUGUGUAUCUCUGAAUAUUGAUACAUUUCAGACUGAACAGCCAACCCAGCACUUGGAAAAGGAUAAAGACAUUCAUGAAGCAUCAGGAUCGGCUCUAGGGUGGCUUCAGAAAAACAUUUCUCUCAUGCUUUUUUUUCUUAUUUGAAAGAUUAUUUUUGUGGUCUUUUUCAAAGUUACUGGACACACAGAGAGAGAAACAGAUAAAUAAGGUUGUUUCAAUCUCACAUGUGUCAUGCACCUUAGCUCGGGGCACCACUGGGUGUUCAAUGUCUCUUUAUUUUCAGUUUUUUUGUGUGUAUGUCUUUAUUGACUGGGUCCCUGCAGCUACACUUUUUCCCCCCUUCUCUGCCUCUUACUAUCCCUCCCUCACUGCCUUGCUUUCUCAGGUCUUUCUCACAUCUUGUCCCUCAAGCACCAUAUUUAUUAAAUUUACCACAAAAGAGGAGAAAAAGCGUAUACCCAAUAUAAGCAAAACAUCAGGCUGCAUCUCUCUAGCGGGUGAUUGUCUUGCCAUGGAGCUAAAUGUCCCUCUUCCAUUUAUCAGACAGGCUUUGUUUAUGUUCAAGUCGUGCAUAACGUGAGGCACAGAACAUUAGGAUUGAGAGAUGAGGUGCGACAACGUCAGUCCCACGUUUUCCAGACCCACGCUGCCUGUAUCAUUUAUUUCGUUUUAUCUGAAGCAUGUUUUUCUUGUUUAGAGAAAUAACCGUAGGUGUGGUUUUAAGAGAGAUGUUGCAGCUGUGCUAAUAUGUCAGUUUUAUCAGAGUGUAGACAUUCAGCCGCAAAAGCCAGAGAAAGCAAGUUUUAAACCGUUCUUGUAAAAGUGAAAGAUUUUUUUGUGGUGCAGGAGGAUGGACAGAAGGAAAACAUGUUGGGUCAAACCAUUUUAAGCACUGAUGUUAUUAUUGUACAACAGUUCUCAUCACAAUAUCUGACGACAUUUGUCACUUUUAGCCACACUAGUAGCAUGGCUCUAGGGACAGUAAUGCUGCUCAGUCAAUCCACCACUUUGGUCCAUAGCCAUGAAAUUUUGUGCAGACAUUCAUGGUCCCCAGAUGACAAAUGAUUUUAGUGAUUCCAUUAAUUUUCCUAUAGUGCCAGGAUAUUUUUAACAUUUGUGGGUUUUAAUGAAAUGUUUCACCACCUACUGGAUGGAUUGUCAUGACGUCUGGUCAGUCAUGUCUCCCUCAGGAUAAAUUAUAAUACUUUAGUGAUCUGAAAACUUCCAUUUAGCGCCAUCUUUAGGACAAACUUUUAACUUGUUCAAUAAGUUGGUUCAUUGUCAAAUACCAAAAAAAAAGAUAAUAUUCCCAUUAGGUCUGUAAGGUAUCAAGGUAGGAACAAAGUACUACAGAAAUUUCUCCAGUCAAACGAUACCUGCAUCCGAUCAGCAAACAUUCUGUUGCUGCCAUCUCCGUAGCCGCUCUCAUGCCCAGCAAACAUUCAGUUUAACAUCUGACCCUAUUAGCACAUGCUAACACAGCAGCAGUGGCUUACAACCAACAGGGAGCCGUUAAACUGUCCCAACAAACACAAACUGACAUUUAAACGGCUCAACACUGUUGUUAAAUUGGUUAAUGUCAUGAGGUAACAUUAGCCAUGUGAUGCUAACAGUUAGCCCUGUCACUGUAGAUGUUUAGCUGGUGACUGACAUGGCAGCUACAACCAGCAAGCUUUAACAGUCUGUGGUGUGGGGAGUUGGCAGUUCAGCGUGCCCAGAUGCCAAAAAAAACAUUCAAAAGUAUGGCCGUACUACACAUUAUGGAAAUUAAAUGAAGUACUCUAUUGUUAACAGUAUCACUUUGGGGGGUACUGGUAUUGGCAAUGGUCACAAAAUGUUUUAAACAAUACCUAAUCCUAUUUCCCAUCAGCCUCAGCUCUACUUUGUGUUAAGUGCUAAUGAGCAAGUGUCAGCAUGCUAAAACCCUAAAGUAACAUGGUGAUCAUGGUAAAUCAUACCUGCUACACAUUAGCAUGAUAGCAUUGCAAUUGCAUGUUAGCAUACUGACUUUAGCAUUUAGCUCAAAGCACCACUGUGCCUUAGUCUGCCUCACACCUGAACCCUUAGUGUGUUGUUAUUUUUUAUUUCAUUUAUGUCAUUACUUUAUAAAAACCCCAUCUUUACUUUAUACAGGCUGUAAAGAAUGGAAGAUGUUGGCCUAAAGUUAUCACUGCAAGCACCCAGAACAAUAAGUUGCCUUAUUGAUACUGUCAUGCCGAACGCUAAACUAUUACACUUGAAUAUUCAUGUAGUAUAUUUACAUAUUAUCUCUCAUGGGCAUUUUUAUGUGUAAAGAGCUCCCUGUGCCAAUGCUUUAGGUGUCUCUUGAUGUUUUUGUUUUACAGACGCUAUAAAAAUUGAAUUGCUUUGAUUACUGUUGUAGUUUCUCAAUGGGACAAUAAGGCAGAGGCAGUAUUUUGAUGUGAUUUUAGCACCAUGUAUAUAUGUUUGUGCUUUUAUUUAUUUAUUGCAGUACAAAGGAGUUUUACAGCGCUUUGUGAAGGGUUGUGUUGUAUAUAGAAGUGUACCUGUGUGAACAGAUGUGUUUGUUCGUUCGUUCGUGUUGUGUGCUCAGACAUGGCCGUAUUGAUAAAACAACUUCUAUUGAACUUGAAACAAUGCUUUGUUGUUCUUUAGGCUAUGAGAUGGGGCUCGGCAAAGGUGUCAGUACAAUAACAGCAAACUGGUUGAAACACAAACUCAGUGCUCAGCUUGGGUACAAGCAUCAUUUCAGUUUUAUGGCCCUGGUUUGAAUGUGAGGCGUCUCCAACAGUGUCAGCAGAUGUAUUCAGUUGCCAGCAGUGGCAGGUGGCAGGCCAGGUGCAUGAAUGUCAAUGAUUUCCUGUUUGACUGUACCUCUGAAUUGCAAUCACAAAAACCACAUCAGUAUCGGAUGAACGCGAUAUUGUUUUGCUGCGGCAAACAGCCUCGUCAAGAAACUUCUGGGUCAUUAAAUUCUUUGAACAGACUUUUAAAGGUAGAAAGAUCCCCACCAAUCACAGCCUGUCUCUGAAGUAAAGGCUAAAAAUAAAAACAGAGAUGCCUCAAUUGGAGCUUCCUGGCUUUCCCUGACAGCAGUAAUGUAUUUCAUAUGCUCCACCUGUGUCUCUUCCUCUUUCCCUUUUAGACAGAAGAGCAGAUGCCUGAGAUCAACAGGGUCCCUGCUGUACCCCCAGUAUGCGCCUUAUUAUUUCACAGAGGUGCUGCAUACAAACGCCCACUCCAUUCCUUGUCAGCCUCAAUCUUCAAUCCUUUUUCUGGCUUAUUAAAUGUGGCUUUAUGAAAUGUCAUUUGCAGGAAAAUCCAGUGUAAUUCAUGCUUUAAUUACCAUGUAUGAUUUUAAUAAUUAAACUCAAACUUAAUAGAGCUUAUUCUUAUUUAAUCAGCCCCUCCUAACUUCAGUCUAAUGAAUGAGUCUACAGCGAGUGAUGAGAUCAGAGGUGGAUAAGCCCUUCUAAUGAACUAGUACAUGCAGAUGUCAUUUGUAUAGUAUGCAUCUUUUGCAUAUCUUUCUCUUUGAUUUAAAUCUUCCUGUGAAUCAUCCACAGGCCACCAAAAUGUUGCUCCAACUGUUUCUGAUAACUUUGAAUAACUACUGUUUAUUAUCGGGAUUUAUAUUUGACUUUAUAUUUCUUGAAGAUUAUAACAUUAAUAUUGAUAACUCCAAAUGCAGUAGUAUUUGAAGCAGCUUAACAUGAAUCUAUUCAAAUACUUUUUACAGGACAGAGACCAUGUUGUGUAGUGUGUAUAUCAGUUAACAAAAUAUGGAGUCCCCCAGGGGUCUGUUUUGGAGCAUCUUCAGUUCAUUGCACUCCUCAACUAAAUCGCCAGAAAACAGGUAGCUUAUAUGUUUCUGCAAACCAUGAAUAUGUUACAUUUGCAUGUUAUUAUGUAGCAGAUACACUGAAAUGUUAUAUUUCAACAAUGCUGUGGCAAAUGUGUGGUUAGGUUUAGACACAAAAAUAACUUGAUUAUGAUUGGGAAAAGAUCAUGUUUUGGUUUUAAAUACCCAGUUUAGGGCCACAAGCCCUGCUAGAGAAGCAGCACCAAAUUUGGGGGCUAAAAAGCUGCAGUCACAGGUAAAAAAAAAAAAAAAAAAGUAGGUUUGGGAGCUGAAAAGCUGCUGGAAAAAACAGCCACAGGUUCUGAAAAAACACGUUUGGUGCCUCAAAAGCUGUUGGAAACAAAGCAAUGACUCACUUAAUCACAACCUGUUGGUGUUUGUUGGUCUUAAACCGUGGUCUGAAGCUUGGUAGGAACCUUGCUUAGGUGACACACCAUUCACUAUCCCCUCAGAAAAGUACAAUGCCAACAUUUUCUUCUUGUUCUCCUUUUUUACCUCAAAUUAUGUAAAACACUGAGUCUGUGACAUACUACUGCAAUGAUUUACCAGGUCUUUAUGGUAAUCUGACAUCUCCAGCUCAUUGAGAUUGCUGCUGAUAUAUUACUUACCAAGUAACAGGGCUCUCACACCCACAGUCUGUUUAAUUUGAUUAUGUGAAAUAUGUAAACAAACAUUGUGGAUCUUCUAGGAUGCUAUUCAUACUUUCUUGGUUGUUUGCACAUGAGUUUUUCUCCUGCUUUGUAUCUUGAAGUAUUGAUUUUAAAAUGCUCAAGGCCCAAAAUACCUCUCUGAUCUGCUUCGGUUUUACUAACCCCCCAGGCCUCUCAGGUCAUCUGGGACUGCUUUGCUUCCAAGGGUUAAAACAAAAUAUAGUAAAGCAGUUGUUAGUUUCUCUGCACCACAAAUCUGGAACAAACCUCUGGGAGAUCUGAGGUCUGCUUUAAAUCUAACCUCUUCUAAGGCAGUGUUUUUCUUUUUACCGCUAAGUUUGUGGCUGUUUUUGCUCUGUAACCACACUAUAACUUUAAUUCCUUUAGCUAAUAUUCUAUUUAUAUUUUAUACAUACCUAAUUUAAUUAAGUCUUAAAGCGACAGUUCAUCCCAAAAUAAAUAAUUCAUAUUUUUCCUCUUACCUGUAGUGCUUUAUAUCAAUCUAGAUUGUCCCCUGGAUUCUCUGUAGAGAUGUCUGCAUUCUCUCCAAUGUAAUGCAACUGGGAAGCACUCAGCUUUUUUUGUGUGUGUGCUUUGAGCACCACAUGCCAAGUGUCAGCUAGUUUUAGAGAACUAUUUGAGAAAAGACAGACAUCUCUACAGCCAUACCUUCAACACUCAGUGACUCACACCAAAACAAUCUAAACUGAUAAACAGCGCCACAGGUAAGGGCUCAUUCAUACUCCCUCCAUGUACAAAAAGAGAUAUGUCUGUUUCAAAUGUUGUAAACAUCAGUGCCCUCAUAUUUUCAUGUGUCCUUUAUGAUGGCAUAGAUACAGUCAAUACCUGGUAUUAAAGGCCAAAGUCAAAAGUUCGCACAACAACAAAUGUGGUGAUGGUGGAGGAGGUUGUAAUGUUGUACCUUUUCACAGAGACAGCGUUGUAGAUGAUGGUGGUCUAUGAGGCCAUUAAAUACAUCAUGACAUGUGAACAGAUAAUUAUUUUCACUAUAUUACUGAUUUAUUGCAGCAUUUUUUAAAUGUCUUCAUCGUCUCCCAUGUUCAUAUCUUGCUUGAACUACACUGCACUGCCCCUGUGAUUUCAGAUGGUACUGCUCUGUUUUUUCCGUAUUCGCUUUCAGAAAGCGUGCAAAAAUACAAAUGAGAGGACUGCAGAAUGCUAACAGAAGGCUCCAUCUGUGUCCGUAACGUAACAUUGAGCAUCAAUGAGCCCUAUAGGGAAAUACUGUAAGUACUUUUGAAUUAGGAGCGAACUGUCUCUUUAAUCAAUUUUAUUUGGCUUUUCAUUGUCUUUUUUUUUUUUUUAAGUUUAAACAUUAAAACAACAACAACAGUUUAAGCAUUAGCAUUCCUUAUAUAAGCACUUUUUGUUGCCUCAACACUGAAGAGCAUGCAAAGAUGUGGUCAGACCUGUGUUGGAUCCUCUUUGUACUUCUGGUAGCCCUUCAGGGAUCCAUUAUGCUCAUCAUCUUUGCUGUUAAAGUUAUGAUUACACUCUCCUCCAUUAUCUUUUUCUGAGUCUCUACCUUAUCAGUUUUGACACACUGUGUAUGCCUCAGUGAGCUGGCGCUUUUAGCAUUAUUUUAUGGACCCUAUAGCCAAACCUGUGGAAGGCACCAAACAGCUGGUUGCGGAGGGAAUGUUUGUGUUUGUGUGCGACAAAGAGAGAUAGCAGAGAGGUGUGGAAAGAGACGGGAGGAGCACAUUUUACUGUAACACAAGCUUUUUGUAUGCAUGUCAUGGAGAUGUGUCUCUGUAUAUACGCUCUGUUUUGUGUUUGACAGGUUUUAUUGCCCAUACAGGCGCUGCUGUGAUGUCACUGCCAAUCAACCAUCUGGGUAUUUCCACUUCAGCUGACAGUCUCUGAUAUCAUACCCCGAUAACAUUACAAAGGCUUUUCAUUUUCUGAUAACUCCACAAAGUUACAAUCUCCCUCUCCCCCCAGUCUGUCAACAGUGGAGCCAAAAGUAUAAAUAUCCUUAAGUGAAUUCUUCUUUCAGUAACUCACACACUCCCCA